AGAAAUCCUGAAAGCACAUCCAAUGCUUAUGGUUAGUAUAAUUUUGGACUCCCACCAGCUCCAACCCAUGAAACAAAAAAUCUCAAAAAAUAUCAGAUGAUGGCCAUGGCCUCAACUACAGCUUCUGCUGCUACAUUUCUGUGUUCACCCAGAAGCACAAAGUCAUCCAUAUACAACCCAUCUUCUUCUUCACUGAUCUCACACCCCAAAAACCAAAGAUUACAUCUUUCUGCUGUGUUUCCGCAACUGGGUCUCAGCCCUUUCUCGCCAUGGAGUGGCUUGAAGCAUUUGGGUGUCUCAUUGAGACCCAAAUCUUCAAAGUUAGGGAGGAAGGGAAGGUGCAAGGGGGUGGUGGUUUAUGCUUCUCUGUUUGGGGUUGGAGCUCCUGAGGCUCUGGUUAUUGGGGUUGUGGCUUUGUUGGUGUUUGGUCCCAAAGGUCUUGCUGAGGUUGCUCGAAAUUUAGGAAAGACGUUGCGUGCUUUUCAACCAACCAUUAGAGAGCUUCAGGAAGUUUCUAGGGAUUUCAAGAGCACCCUUGAAAAGGAGAUUGGUCUCGAUGACAUUUCAAGUUCAACGAUAAACACAUACAAUUCCAACAAAACCGGCACCACUUCAGUCUCUCCAUCAACUACCAGUACUGGAGAUUCCAAAACCAAGACUGACCCCAAUGGGGCGCCCUCUCCAAAUAGAGCAUCCACCACAGAGGAGUACUUAAAUAUCACAGAGGAGCAGCUAAAAGCAUCAGCUGCCCAAAAUGAGGGGCAGACAUCGUCUCCGGUGGAAAGUCAGUCUCCAAAUAGAGCAUACACCACCGAGGAGUACUUAAAGAUCACAGAGGAGCAGCUAAAAGCAUCAGCUGCCCAAAAUCAGGGGCAGACAUCAUCUCCAGUGGAAAGUCAGUCUCCACCUCAGGCUUCCGAAGGUACUGUUGAAGAAACUGCUGUUAGGACGCCUCCACCCCAACAAUCUCAAAGUGAGUCCUAAGCUCAUUACAACAAAUACAGGGACCCCUAUUCAUUUUUGAGUCCACAAGUGCAACAUGGAGCCGAGGAAUCCCCAUCUUAUUGUUCUCAAUUUUUGUAAUGGCAGUAGUAGGUCUUAGAAAUUCUGUAUAAUUAAGAGCACAAACACGGAAAGAUCAGGAUGUUUGUAAUCCUUUGUAGAGUAUAUUUUUGACCAAAGUACUGAUGCAGAUCUCACAUUUUGAGUUUCUUAUAUGGGUUCAAUUAAAUUUAGUUUAAUGAAA